GCCAGUGGGACAGAAGGCACUUGAGCUUGGUGAGCCGGGGUGCUGCUGUCUCUUUCAAGAUUUGGGUCUAACCUGCAGUGUCCUCCCCUCUGUCCCCUGUCCUCUGUUCCCUUAUCCCCGUCCUCUGUUCCUGGGCCUGCCUUUUCUUCACCGUCCCUAACCCCCCUUUCACCUGUUCCCAACCUGUCCCGUGUGUCUAGCCCCCCAUCCCCUGUCCUCUGUUCCCUGUCCCUAGCCCCCUGGCCCCUCCAUCUUGUGCCCUGCAUGCUAGCUUGAGUAGCCUGUGGCCAUCUCACCCCGCCGCCCUGGGGCACCUCUGCAGGUGGACCAAGCCUUUGUUUGUUCACGUUCCAGCCCAUGUAGGGUCCCCAGACAUAGCUGCUUUUGUUCCCUGAGCCAGAGAGGGGACAUGGAGAGUCCUCCUGUGGCCAGCAGGGCUGUGCCUGUCUCUGUGUCUCCAGCCAUGGACCUUGUACUGGGUGCUUCAGCCUGCUGUCUAGCCUGUGUCUUCACCAAUCCCCUGGAUGUGGUAAAGACAAGGCUGCAGCUCCAGGGUGAGCUGCAGGCCCGUGGGACAUACUCCCGGCCCUACCGGGGGCUCCUGCGCUCUGUGGGCACUGUGGCACAGGCUGAUGGGCUUUGGGGACUGCAGAAGGGACUAGGACCUGCCCUGCUCUACCAGGGCGUCAUGAACGGAGUCAGAUUCUACUGCUAUUCUCUGGCCCUGGAGGUUGGCCUCACCCAGCACCAUGGGGGCACUGUGGCUGCCGGGGCAUUGGCCGGAGCUCUGGGAGCCUUCAUUGGGAGCCCGGCUUACCUGGUCAAAACACAGCUGCAAGCGAAGACAGCGGCUCCCCUGGCUGUUGGCUAUCAGCACCAGCACCAGACUGCCCUUGGUGCCUUGGAAGCCAUCUGGCGGCAGCAGGGCAUCCCAGGUCUAUGGCGAGGGGUUGGCGGAGCUGUACCCAGGGUCAUGGUGGGAUCAGCUGCCCAACUGGCCACCUUCGCCUCUGCCAAAACAUGGGUGCAGGACCACGAGUGGUUUCGGAAGGACAGCUGGCUGGUGGCCCUGGCUGCAGGCAUGAUCAGCAGCGUGGCAGUGGUCAUUGUGAUGACACCAUUUGAUGUGGCCAGCACCCGCUUGUACAAUCAGCCCAUGGACCCAACAGGAAGGGGCCAGCUGUAUCGAGGGGUCCUUGACUGCUUAGUGAAGAUCAUACGGGCAGAGGGGCCCCAGGCUCUCUACAAGGGUCUGGGCCCUGCCUAUCUGCGCCUGGGCCCCCACACUGUCCUAAGCCUGCUCUUCUGGGACGAACUCCGGAAGCUCAUCUACCGAUUCCAGCACCAGGGAGCCUAGGGCCCCUUCCUGGCCCUCCUCUAGCAGCAUGGAGAGCCCAGAAUUCAGGACCUUUCCUGCCCCAACAGGCUCUACAUCCUCCCUGACCCCGGCCCUGCCUCAUCUUUAUGGCAAUCAAGGACUCACGGGGGUUGGUGCUGGAAAUGGUGAGCCAGUAGGGGGACACUCCAUGUAGAAUGGGAGUGAGCCAUGGCCAGUCAUGGACAAACCCAAGGGACCCUUUAUUGUCACUAGGAUUGGAAUGGGUUCAGGGAAUGUUCAGAGGACACUAGUCUAGGCUCUGUUUCCAGGAGAGCCAACUUCCCAUACUUGAGUCCAUGGCCACAGACUAUACGCCUCCUAAACUCAGUAGAGUGUCUUGGAAAUACGGUCUCUGACUCCCAGUGACCCGGCGGAGUGUGGAUGCUUCAAUGUACCCCAUACGCACCCCAUACGGGAAACACUGACACGAACGUCAGAAGUUGGAGGAGGGGGUCCAAGAUGGCACCUGGAUCACAGCCAGAAGGGACCUUAGAGGUUGCUUAAUCCAAACCCUCAUUUCACAGAUGGGGAAACUGAGGCCCAGAGAAGGUCACACAGGUAGUAACAGAGUUGGGAUUUGGAACCAGGUCCUCAGACUAAUGCGCUGCCACUUAUCUUCAUUAAAUACAAUGACUAGGACAUGAAAAUGUUCUUUAGAACAUGGAAUGUUAGAAUUCAGAAUAUACCAUUUAUAACAUAGGAAAGGCGGCAUGGAAAUCAUUGGACUUGGAGUCAGAAGGACUUGAGUUCAAAAUUGAGCCUUAGAAACUUGCCGGCUGUAUGACCUUGGGCAAGUCACUUCUCUGUGACUCAGUUUCCUUCAUCAGUAAAAAGAUGGAUUCAAUGGCCUCAAAGUUGUCGUACACACAUACAAAGGGUAAUUCAGUGUAAGAAUGUUGUUGAAAUGAAGCCCCUUCCCAUGGACUGCCUCUUCCUAGCCUCCCACCACACUUGGGGAACUUGAUUAAGCAAAGAUCACUGUCACCCUCUCACAGAUAUAGAAACAAGCCCCAGAGAGGGGCAGCUUCUUGUCCAACGUCACACAGCAAGAGGGUAAUUAAUAAUAAUAAUAUUAAUAUCUAGCACUUUAAAGCUUAAAAGUACUUUUAAAAUAUUAUCUCAUUUGAUCCUCGCAAUGACCUCAGGGGGAGUAGGUCUUAUUAUCUUCUCCAUUUUACAGUUGAGGAAACCGAGGCAAACAGAGGUUUAAGUGAUUUUCCUGGGGUCACAGAGCUAGGAAGUACCUGAGGUUGGAUUUGAACUCAGUUCUUCCUGACUUCAACACCUAAUGAAGAAGAGAGUCUAUAGGUGAACCCCAUUGGUCACAAUGACAAUGGACCUUGGGGCUGAGGGACUCCCCCAGAAACCCCACAAACACUCCAGGCUCCCCUCCACCACUCCGAAUGAAUAAAGUUUUCUAUUUUUGAUUAGUU